AAAUGGAUUAUCCUCCCCUCUGUGCGAUGCUGUCUUGCUUGGUUCCUCUCAGCUGCUGGCUCGCCACGGGCAAGGGAGCGAGAGCCCAAGAUUGAUCGACUGGCUCGUGUGAGAUCGAAAUGCUGGCUUGUUAUCGCACGGAAGCGCAAUUAGGUUUUUUGCCGGUUAUCUGUCGUCCGUCGGAUGAAGUACCAAACUGUUGUACUAAAAGCCGCUCAAGACAGAGGCUUCAUAAUAUCAGGCAGUGAGAGUACGCUGCCCCCCUACUAUGCCUUGAUCUGGGACAAAAAAAUCAAAGCAAAAAUCAUCCUUUGAUGUUGGUGCUUAGACAUUCAAGAUCUCUAUCAGCCAAUGGAUAAAAAGGUGUCCUCCAAAGUUAGGUCCAUGGAUUUCAGCUUGGACUGAUGACAUUUGAUGGAUAGUCAAGGCACGCUUGAAAGUAUGUGGACAAUACUUCCUGGAGCUUGUGUCUGUGGCGGGUGCUGGUGUUGCUGUAGAUUUUUCAAUGGCCUGGAGACUGGGCUUCAGUGUCCUACAUAGUUCCUUGAUCUUCCCCAUGAGCUGCUCCUGUCUGGAAAGCUAAGUGAAUAUGGUGUGAUUGUGCCCUUCAGUGCAGAUUGCCAGGGACAGUUCCUCUCGCACAUGGUGUCUGGCUCAGUGGCAGCAAGGAGGGGCGAAGACAUCCAUCCUUCAGCUUCUCCACCCCACUCAGGUCGACGCAGGGUAGUCCGCAGCAUGACCUUUCUGAACCAAGGCAUGCCUGGGAAUCACUUGUACUACUUCAAUGUUACUGUUUUUGGAAAGGAACUGCAUCUUCGCCUGAAGCCCAAUCGGCGACUGGUGUCCCCUGGUGCGAUGACUGAGUGGCAAGAGGACUUCCAAGAAGUGUUUCGGGAACCACUGUGGCAUGAAUGUGCCUUCACAGGAGGAGUCUCUGGCAUGCCAGGUGCCACAGUGGCCAUCAGCAAUUGUGAUGGACUGGCAGGUCUGAUUCGUACAGACAGUGGUGAGUUUUUUAUUGAGCCCCUGGAAAGAGGACAGUGGGAGAAAGAAAAGAAUGGGAGAGCUCAUGUGGUCUACCGUAGGUCUACCAUCAAACAAGGGAGAACAGAAGCAUUCAAGGACCAUAUUAAUGAAGUUCCAGGCUUUAGCCUGGGUCAGCUUCCAAACACUCUGAACCUGAUUGAAGACCAGAUUGGUGAAGCAGAUAGGAAGCGGCGGCACGCCAAGAAAGAUGACUACAACAUAGAAGUUCUGCUGGCAGUUGAUGACUCAGUUGUGCGAUUCCAUGGGAAGGAACAUGUCCAGAAUUAUGUCCUCACCCUCAUGAACAUAGUGGAUGAAAUUUACCAUGAUGAAUCACUGGGGGUUCACAUCAACAUUGUCCUGGUUAGAAUGAUCAUGGUGGGAUACAGACAGUCAAUCAAUUUAAUAGAGCGAGGGAACCCAUCUCGGAGUUUGGAGCAGGUCUGCCGCUGGGCUCAUUCUCAACAGCGCUCGGAUCCUGAACAUGCUGAAUACCAUGAUCAUGCUGUGUUCCUCACCAGGCAAGAUUUUGGUCCUGCAGGUAUGCAAGGGUAUGCUCCUGUCACAGGCAUGUGCCACCCUCUGCGCAGUUGCACCCUCAACCAUGAAGAUGGAUUCUCCUCUGCAUUUGUGGUUGCUCAUGAGACUGGACACGUGUUAGGUAUGGAACAUGAUGGCCAAGGUAACCGAUGUGCUGAUGAAACCAGCAUGGGAAGCAUUAUGGCACCACUGGUACAGGCUGCAUUCCACCGUUACCACUGGUCCCGAUGUAGCAAGCAAGAGCUGAAUCGUUACAUACAUUCCUAUGACUGCCUCUUGGACGACCCUUUUGAGCACAACUGGCCUAAGCUGCCAGAACUGCCAGGAAUCAAUUACUCCAUGGAUGAGCAAUGCCGCUUUGACUUUGGUGUUGGCUACAAAACAUGCACAGCCUUCAGAACUUUUGACCCUUGCAAGCAGCUGUGGUGCAGCCAUCCAGAUAACCCUUAUUUCUGUAAAACGAAGAAAGGACCUCCUUUGGAUGGAACUGAGUGUGCAUCAGGCAAGUGGUGUUUCAAGGGUCACUGCAUCUGGAAGACUUCAGAACAACCUUACAGCCAGGAUAGCAGCUGGAGUUCCUGGUCCAAAUUUGGUUCCUGCUCCAGGACUUGUGGGGGUGGGGUACGCUCCCGCAGCAGGAACUGCAACAACCCACCCCCAGCCUAUGGAGGGCGCCAUUGCCCAGGUGCCACAUACGAGUACCAAGUCUGCAAUACAGAAGAGUGCCGUGGUCCCUAUGAGGAUUUUCGUUCCCAGCAAUGCUCCAAGAGGAACUCUUACUACACUCACCAAAACUCUAAGCACACUUGGCUUCCCUAUGAACAUCACGAUGAUGCCCAGAAGUGUGAGCUCAUAUGCCAGUCUGAGGAAACUGGAGAUGUGGUAUUCAUGAAUCAGGUUGUUCAUGAUGGCACCAGGUGCAGCUAUAGAGACCCAUACAGUGUCUGUAUGAGGGGGGAGUGUGUGCACGUUGGGUGUGACAAAGAAAUUGGUUCUCUGAAGCAGGAUGACAAGUGUGGUGUUUGCGGGGGUGAUAAUUCCCACUGCCGAACAGUGAAGGGGUCUUUGGUCAAAUCCCCACAGCAGUCAGUAGAUGCUUUGAAAAUGUUUGAGAUUCCAGCUGGCGCCAGGCACAUUCAGAUUGAAGAGAUGGAGCCUGCAUCCCAUGCAAUUGCUGUUAAGAACCAAGCGUCUGGCAACUUCAUUCUUAAUCCCAAGGGCAAAGGUGUCAAGAGCAACACCUUCCUGGAGAUGGGCUUGGAAUGGGAGUAUACCACUGAGAAUGGCAAGGAAAGCUUGAAAACCAGUGGGCCCCUACAUGAAGCCAUCACUGUUCUGAUUGUUUCACAAGAAGAUGAUUCUAAGAGUAGCUUGAUGUAUAAGUACAUCAUCCAUGAAGAUCUCCUUCCUGUCAUUGGAAACAACAAUGUCCUCCUUGAAGAAAUGGACACCUAUGAGUGGGCUCUUAAGAGCUGGUCUCAGUGCUCAAAAGCUUGUGGAGGAGGGAUACAGUACACCAAGUAUGGCUGCCGGAGGAAGAGUGAUAAUCGAAUGGUGCAUCGGAACUUCUGCGAUAAUGGAAAGAAACCAAAGCCAAUCCGCAGGAGAUGCAACAUGCAGGAGUGCUCUCAACCAGCCUGGGGGGCAGAGGAGUGGGGUGCCUGUAGCAAGUCCUGUGGCAAGCUGGGAGUCCAAAUCAGAGUGGUGCAGUGCAUCCAGCACCUACACAACGGCACAAACAGGACAGUGCACACGAAAUAUUGCACAGGAGACAAGCCAGACACUCGUCGUUCCUGCAGUCGCAUCCCAUGUCCUGCCCAGUGGAGGACUGGUGCUUGGUCACAGUGCUCUGUCAGCUGCGGAGAAGGCAUCCAGCAGCGCCAGGUGGUCUGCAAGUCCAAUGACAACAAUAUUGGUCAGUGUGAAAAUGAGAAGCCAGAGACCAUCCAAGUUUGCAAAAUGGCAGCAUGCCCAGGAAAGCUGUUAAGCAUCACAGCAAAUGCAGACACCAGUGAUCAUGUGACUCCUAAGGUCCAAUGGGUGCCUCAGGAGAGUGCCAAAAAUCCUGUUAGCAAGAUAUCAAAGGAGCUGUGCCUUGGAGACAAAUCCAUAUUCUGCCAGAUGGAAGUCCUGGCUCGCUAUUGCUCCAUUCCUGGCUACAACAAGCUCUGCUGUGAAUCCUGUAGCAAAAAGGUCACCACUAGUCAGCCUCCCACCAUUGACCAUGGAGCUUCUGAGACUGGAACCCGUGGAGGUGCUGUUCUUCCCAGCCCUUUCCCACAACUGCCACUCCAUCCCACUGUCAUGAGCCAACUGCAAAGGAUUAAGGGUACAGCUCCAAAAGAGACAGAGACAGCCCAUGGCUUCCUAGCCACCCUCACUGGCUCAGCUGCCUUUGGCACCUGCCAGGUUAAUGCUGCUUCACAGUCUCAGGACAGUCCUGACAAUGGCGCUUCAAAAGUGGACACGUCAAGGCUGCUAUCUCCUCAUCCUCCUGCUCCCCUGGAGGCUCCAGUAGGGUGGAGUCCUGUAGAGCUCCGGAGCAGCUCAGAGUUCCAGUGGUUCCCGGUUACCUUGGACAAACCUUUAGCUGUUUCACAAAAAGGAAGCGAGUCUCCUCUUCUUCUUUCUCAAGACAUAGCGGGACAGAGGAAGGACAGCAUGGAGCUCAAACAGUCAGCUACCAGUCUCAGGACCUCCUCCCCUGUUGUGACAUGAGUAUAUGUGUGUGUGGGUUUCUUUUUCUGGAACCUUUAUUGUUAUCUAUCUCAACACAGUUUACAUGGGGCAAAGCCGGCACAUGUUUCUGAGCCCCUUUCCAAAAUGGAAGGAGUGCCAGUUUCGGACACAACCCCUUUCAUUUAGCAACGAUGAUGAUUUAGUUGUUGUUCUGUGGCACUUUUUUUAAAAAAAAACAGUGAAGGAAACAAACUGAAACUGUUGCAGCAGCAGCCAUUUUGUUGCCAACAAACUGCCAAGAGCACAGUGGUUGUGUAGCCCAGGAUAGGUUACCUCAGAGUGUGGCUUGAAUCGGCAGGGCUUUUUCUUCAAGGGUGCUAACUAGAGAUCUUUCAAACAAUACAGCAAGACAAAGCAAAGCCAGCUCAAGGACCUUCUUUUACCCUUCUCCUUACUUUCCUCUCAUUGCUGCUGCUAAUCCAGCCAUCUGGAGCAUGCUGGAUCCUUGAAACGGUGCUGCAGGUGACAUAGUUCUGGUAUGAGUUAUGAUGCAACUUGCUUACAGAAGACCAUGUGGACUGAAGUUUAUUAUGUAAGGAGGGAUAAGGAAACCUAGGGUGCUUCCAGAGGGGGGUUAAUACUGCAAAUGGGUCAUACAAAUACUACAAACGGGUUACUGGCAACAUUGGAUUUCCCCCAGAAAGAGUAAGUCCAGAUUAAAAGGGUGGGGGGAGAAAUACAGCUGGUUUUUUUUUUAUGACGACGCCAUGCGGAUGCUGCAAAAACCCUUGCAUGGAUGAGGAGCACCAGCCCUACAAUAAAUACCCAUCUGGAAGCACCCCUAGUUUAGAAUGCAGGAAAGUGUGUGUGGUUUGGCCUAAUGGUCUUCUGAGUCAGCAAGCCGCCCUCUGUGCAUUGCUGAGCUGGGGUGCUGACACUCUUGGGAAGGGGAUGUUGAACCCCAAAGCUCACUUUGAGUGUCUCUUGAAUGGUGUAUGAGCAGUGAACAUCUUUUCUUUUAAAACCGGUGUUCCCAGUUUGUGGCAUUAUAAGGCCUUUCGUAUAGCAUGGCAGUGACACUUGUGAGACACCAGCGGGGAGAAUAUCAGAAGAUGGGGAUUGACUUGCUAGAUUGGGCCAACUGCCCAUCUAUUCCACUUUGCCUAGAAGUUCACAAGGAGGUGAGUGAUUGUUUCUGGCCAUUCUUUGUUCCUAGCAUUUGGUAGCCGGCAGUAUGCUGCCCUUGACAAUAGUGGAGUUUUGGACCAAACCAGGGAACCAAGUACCCAAACAUGUUACCAAAUGCUUUGUGUUUUGAAAUAAUAUUAUUGCUGCAAGCAUCUUGCAGAGAGGAUAACCUUCCUGUUUUUGUUUUUUAAGUCACUUGGACACCUUUUGUCCUUCACAAUGCAGUUCAUUUCAUUUUUGAGUUUGAAGACAUUCCUUUGCAUUGGCAAGGUGCUCUUUUGGACUCUGCUUGAGAUGGGAGGUGAUAUUGGUGACCCUGAUUUAAAUAAAAUAUGCCCACCACAGAAAUUCUGAAUAAGUUAUGUAAUAGGUGCAUUUUUUAAAAGAGUGACAUUUAACCAGGAACUAUAUGAACUGCGAAAGGCUGCUCUAAAAUGUUCGAUACAAGCUGCAUUUUGCUGAGUCAUGGGUGCUAAGUAAGAGCCAGGUGCUGUAAGAGCCAAGAACUGGUUACAUGAAACAUUUAAUAGUCUUUGUCUUUUGGGAAAGAAGUACCAGGCUGGUUAAUAUGAAAAUGGACACCCCAUCCCACCCCCACCGAUGCACUUAAGGCUCUCUUUUCAGGGGUUGUGGUUUGUUGGUAAUUUUUUUUUUUUGCAGUCCCCUUUUAUUUUUCCUUUAAUCAUGUUUACACCAUAUGAAACCUGAAAGGCAUUAUUUGUCCUUUCUAGAACUUUGUAAAUGCCACAAGCGUAGUCUCAGGGAUCAGGACAGCUUUGUGUAGUGCCCACUGUGAAUCUCAUUGAUCUUCACUUCGCAACUCACUCCUGCUGUUUUUUGUUUGAGGGAUGCUUCCUAUGUUACUCUGAAAAGAUAAAAGUCCUAACAUUUUAAGAUCCGGGGGGGGGGGGAGACCAUCAGAUCAUCGCAACGGUAACAUAGAAAAGGAGAGGAGUUUUAGGACAGAAAAAUACAGGACAAAUCUCUGGAAAGUCAGUGGCCAUAUGUCUGCAUUCAGAAAAAAAGAUAUUUGUAUAUUUUAAACAUCAUCUUCAUUGACUGUUUAUAAAACACAACUUAUACUUUCCACGCUGCAUGUUUUCACAGGGUUGUGCAAAAAUGGCUGUUGUGAGAAAUUGGUACUGAUAGUACAAAAUGGAGGAGAAAGAGAUGGAGAAAAGGGUGAACCAAUAAUUCUGCUUGAUUUAAGUGGUAUGGCAGGUCAUGCAGUUGCUGAGUACAGAAGCAUUAAAUGUAUCCUUGAGACCAGCAGCCAAAGUUUUGGGUUGGUUACAUUUCAACUCCAUAUGUGGACUUGAGUUUUCCUUAUAUCCCAGCCCUUCACCUCAACUUGUGCAGCUCAACUUUCUCCCAUCUUACUUUCCCCUCUGACUUUUCCUUUGAUCACCUCCUCACCCUCUUACUCCUCUGGAUCAUUCCGUCUUCCAAGCCGCCUUUCUUAAGCUUGCUGGCUGCCUCUGACACGCUGUCACUUUAGGUCCUUGCCUUCUUCUUCCCUAAGCCCUUCCUGCUCUUCCUCGCUUAGUGAUCUGAACAACUUAACAAAUCGCAGCCAUAAACACUUAGGGUGAAAACAGUUCAGCCAAAGGGAGGCCAAACUCAUUGCACCUAUCCCAUCCUGCUUUAAAAUCAUGGUUGUUCCCCUAAGAGCCUUCAUCACUACCAUCACAUCCCUUUGUUUAUUGAGAUAUAGACAAGGAGUAGCUAACCUUUUUUGGCUCAAGAGCCACACCUCCAAGGGCUACUUCCAGCAUGUCUUUAU